GCGCGAUGGUGGCGGGCGCGUUCCCGCUGGCCAAGCUGCUGACGCUGGGCGCGCGCCAGCUCAGCCGCCCCCUGGCCGCGCGCAUCAAGGCGGGGGCGCGCGCGUCGCCCUUCUUCCGCACCUACAUCUGCCUGCCGCCCGCGCAGCUUUACCACUGGGUGGAGAUGCGCACCAAGAUGCGCCUGCUGGGGUUCCGCGGCGCGGCGGUGAAGCCGCUCAACGAGGAGGCGGCGGCCGAGCUGGGGGCGGAGCUGCUGGGCGAGGCGCUCGUCUUCGGCGUGGGCGGGCUCUGCCUCUACCUCGAGUACCUGCGGCAGGCGGGGCAGGGCCGGCGGCGCGAGGAGCACCUGGACCGGGCGCUGGCCGAGCUCCGCGAGCACCUGGACGAGCUGCGCAGGGAGCUGGAGGCGCUGCGGGGGCGGGCAGGGGCGGGGCUUGAGUUGGGUGGGGCGGGACACGCCCUGGGUGGAGCUGGGAGCGCUCAGGGAGGGGUUGGACGCCAGGGAGGGGCGGGGCAGAACAACGGAGGGGCGGGGCAUAACCAGGGACACGCCCAGGGAGGGGCGGGGCAGAACCAGGGUGGACACGCCCAGGGAGGGGCGGGGCAGAACCAGGGAAAGGAUGGACACGCCCAGGGAACCUCAAGCCACGCCCAUGUAAGAUCAGGCCACGCCCAGUGCGAAGCUGGACACGCCCAGUGCGAAGCUGGACACGCCCAGGGUGGCUGGACACGCCCCCAGCAAAGCUGUGAAUGGCGCUGCAGGAUCAGGCCACGCCCCCGCUGUGACAGGCCACGCCCCCCCGCAUUAAACCCGCUCUGUGCGUUCCGUUCUGUGCCUUUAAGGGGCGGGGCUAACGCGGAGGGUGGGCGUGGCCACUUUUGGCGCGGCCAACGCGAUGGGGGCGGGGCCUGGCAAGAAGGAGCGCCACGAUUGGUGGGUGGGUGCCGGCGGCUCUGUGGAGUGGGCGUGGCUUCCUCUGAGGGGCGCGGCCACGCCAGCCACGCCCCCCAAACAAAAUCAUUUACAUUUAAUUUAAAUUUUUCCCGUAAAAAAACCGUUUAUUGGUGCAAAUAAAGUGAAAAAAACCCAAAA